CGAGAGGGCGCGGUCGGGGAGGAGACCGUGCCCCAGCCGGGAUCGGCGCACUAGGUCUGGGCGGCGGGCCGGGGUACAGGAGAGCACUCGGUGAUGGCCCCGCAGCGGGGCUGAGACUGCGACCCCAACUCCCCCCUCCACUCCCCGCGCGCCCUCGCCAUGCAGAAAAGCGUGCGCUACAACGAGGGGCACGCCCUGUACCUGGCCUUCCUGGCGCGCAAGGAGGGCACCAAGCGUGGCUUCCUGAGCAAGAAGGCGGCCGAGGCGAGCCGCUGGCACGAGAAGUGGUUCGCUCUCUACCAGAAUGUGCUCUUUUACUUCGAGGGAGAGCAGAGCGGCCGCCCGGCGGGCAUGUACCUCCUGGAGGGUUGCAGCUGCGAGCGGACCUCCGCACCACCCAGGACCAGCGCGGGACCAGCAGGCGCCCGGGACACCCUGGACAAGCAGUAUUACUUCACUGUUCUUUUCGGACACGAAGGUCAGAAGCCUCUGGAGCUGCGCUGUGAGGAGGAGCAGGCCGGGAAAGAAUGGAUGGAAGCCAUUCACCAAGCCAGUUACGCGGACAUUUUGAUCGAGAGGGAAGUGCUAGUGCAGAAGUACAUUCAUCUGGUUCAGAUUGUGGAGACAGAAAAAAUUGCCGCUAACCAGCUCCGACAUCAGCUUGAAGAUCAAGAUACCGAAAUUGAGAGGCUUAAAUCAGAGAUUGUUGCUCUUAAUAAAACUAAGGAACGCAUGCGCCCUUACCACAGUCAUCAGGAGGAUGAGGACCCAGACAUCAAGAAGAUUAAAAAGGUUCAGAGCUUCAUGCGAGGAUGGCUGUGUCGGAGGAAGUGGAAGACCAUCGUGCAGGACUACAUUUGUUCUCCCCAUGCUGAAAGCAUGAGGAAGAGGAACCAGAUUGUGUUCGCCAUGGUGGAAGCCGAGUCAGAGUAUGUGCACCAGCUCUACGUCCUGGUCAAUGGCUUCCUCCGGCCCCUGAGGAUGGCAGCCAGCUCCAAGAAGCCCCCCAUUAGCCAUGAUGAUGUCAGCAGCAUUUUUCUCAACAGUGAAACAAUCAUGUUUCUUCAUGAAAUAUUCCAUCAAGGACUAAAGGCAAGGCUGGCAAAUUGGCCUACUUUGAUUUUAGCUGAUUUGUUUGAUAUUUUGCUGCCCAUGCUGAACAUUUAUCAAGAAUUUGUGCGUAAUCACCAGUACAGCCUCCAAGUACUUGCCAACUGUAAACAAAACAGAGAUUUCGACAAGCUCUUGAAACAGUAUGAAGCCAACCCUACCUGUGAGGGGAGGAUGCUGGAGACAUUCUUGACCUACCCAAUGUUUCAGAUCCCUAGGUAUAUCAUCACACUGCAUGAACUCCUGGCUCACACCCCCCACGAACACGUGGAGAGGAAAAGUUUGGAGUUUGCUAAGUCAAAGCUGGAGGAACUGUCCAGAGUGAUGCAUGAUGAAGUCAGUGACACUGAAAACAUAAGGAAAAACCUUGCCAUCGAAAGGAUGAUAGUGGAGGGUUGUGACGUUUUGCUGGACACCAGCCAGACUUUCAUCCGCCAAGGCUCUCUUAUUCAAGUACCUUCCGUCGAGAGGGGGAAACUCAGCAAAGUUCGUCUGGGCUCGCUGUCUUUGAAGAAGGAAGGCGAGAGGCAGUGUUUCCUGUUUACGAAACACUUUCUGAUUUGUACCCGGAGUUCGGGAGGGAAGCUGCAUCUGCUCAAGACAGGUGGAGUCCUCUCCCUCAUAGAAUGCACAUUGAUUGAAGAGCCCGAUGCAAGUGACGAUGACUCCAAAGGCACUGGCCACAUGUUUGGACAUCUGGAUUUUAAAAUAGUAGUGGAGCCUCGGGAUGCUGCCCCUUUCACUGUGGUCUUGUUAGCACCUUCGCGCCAGGAGAAAGCUGCAUGGAUGAGCGACAUCAGUCAGUGUGUGGACAAUAUACGAUGUAAUGGUUUAAUGACUAUAGUCUUCGAAGAGAAUUCCAAAGUUACUGUGCCACAUAUGAUUAAGUCUGAUGCCCGUCUUCAUAAAGACGACACUGACAUCUGUUUCAGUAAAACACUCAACUCCUGCAAAGUGCCCCAGAUCCGAUAUGCCAGUGUGGAGCGCCUUUUGGAGCGGUUGACAGACUUGCGGUUUCUGAGCAUUGAUUUCCUCAACACCUUCCUGCACACCUAUCGAAUUUUCACCACAGCCACCGUGGUGCUGGCGAAGCUCUCUGAUAUCUACAAGAAGCCUUUCACCUCCAUCCCUAUCAGGUCGUUAGAGUUAUUUUUUGCUGCGAGCCCGAACAACAGAGGAGAACAAAUGGUGGAUGGAAAAUCCCCACGUCUGUGUCGCAAGUUCUCCUCCCCACCUCCUCUGGCUGUGUCCAGAACAUCCUCUCCAGUCAGGGCCAGAAAACUGUCCUUGACAUCUUCCUUGAAUGCAAGGAUCGGAGCCUUGGACCUGAGCACGUCUUCAUCUGCUAGCAGCCCCACCACACACAGCCCCACUGCGUCCCCGCCACCCCACGCUGCAGCUGUCCUUGAGUCUGCACCAGCUGACCGAGCAGGAGACUCCACAGAGCUGUCACCUUGCAGAUCCCCCUCAACUCCCCGACACCUCCGAUAUCGCCAGCCUGGAGGACAGGUAGCUGACAGCAGCCACUGCUCUGUUUCACCUGCUUCUGCCUUCGCAAUCGCCACGGCUGCAGCAGGACAUGGGAGUCCACCAGGAUUUAACAAUACUGAGAGAACAUGUGACAAGGAGUUUAUCAUACGGAGAACAGCCACCAAUCGUGUCCUGAAUGUCCUCCGUCACUGGGUCUCCAAGCAUGCACAGGAUUUUGAACUCAACAAUGAACUCAAAAUAAACGUUAUAAACUUACUAGAAGAAGUUCUACGAGACCCGGAUCUUCUUCCUCAAGAAAGGAAAGCCACGGCAAACAUCCUGAGGGCUCUAUCACAAGAUGAUCAAGAUGACAUCCACCUAAAGUUAGAGGAUAUAAUUCAAAUGACAGACUAUCCAAAGGCCGAGUGCUUUGAGACGUUGUCAGCCAUGGAGCUGGCCGAGCAGAUCACUCUCCUGGACCACAUUGUCUUCAGAAGCAUUCCCUACGAAGAGUUUCUUGGGCAGGGCUGGAUGAAGCUGGAUAAAAAUGAAAGGACACCUUACAUCAUGAAAACCAGCCAGCACUUCAAUGAAAUGAGUAACCUGGUGGCCUCCCAGAUAAUGAAUUAUGCUGAUAUCAGCUCCCGUGCCAACGCCAUUGAGAAGUGGGUUGCAGUAGCAGACAUUUGCCGGUGUCUACACAACUACAACGGUGUGCUGGAGAUCACCGCGGCCUUAAACAGAAGUGCCAUCUACAGGCUGAAGAAAACCUGGGCCAAGGUGUCCAAGCAGACAAAAGCUCUGAUGGACAAACUUCAGAAGACUGUUUCAUCUGAAGGAAGAUUUAAAAACCUCAGAGAAACUCUUAAAAACUGUAACCCUCCCGCUGUCCCUUACCUCGGGAUGUACUUGACAGACCUGGCCUUCAUUGAAGAAGGAACACCGAAUUUUACGGAAGAAGGCCUUGUCAAUUUCUCUAAAAUGCGAAUGAUAUCACACAUUAUUCGCGAGAUACGCCAGUUCCAGCAGACUGCUUACCGCAUAGACCAGCAGCCAAAGGUCAUACAGUACCUGCUUGACAAGGCCCUCAUCAUAGAUGAAGAUACACUCUAUGAGCUAUCACUCAAAAUUGAACCUCGACUCCCUGCUUGAAGAUCUGGCCUUGUCCCUGAGAGCAUGGGAAUUUCGUGUAAAGUGUGUCACACAUGGCACGGCAGGGACCCAGAGAGACAACACCUGCUUCAGUUCACCACCGAAGAUGGAACCAGACUGCAGUUCCGUCUCCAGCCAGAGUGAAGCCCAGCUGCAUGGGUCAAAGACAGACGCUCCAGCCAUGGAUGGGAAGGUGUAAACCUUGAACCUUAGUGAAGCUUAUGGCACAGCUUGCAUAAGGGAUGUAAUGUGGGAGAUGCUGGUAACCAUUAUAAUGAAGUGGAAUGAAGGUAAAAUUCCCCUGUCCCAUGUUCUGUUAGAACUUGGGGACAAGAGCCCACAGAGAAGGCCUGUAAUGGUUUGUUUUGGCAUUCUACUAGCCUGGGCUUGCGUCUACCAGUCUUCUAUGACUUACUUGCUUCCAUUCCAUUUCCUUUUCACCAAGCGUCACGGCUAGGCUGAAGCUUCUUCUCUAGGCCCCACACAAGCAGUCUCAGUAUGCAGCAUGUGCAUGGUUCUCAGUGCAUUCUACACGCAUGGGAGGAGUGGCGUGCUCUGCAAACAGCCUUUCAGCCUUUAGGCAAUGGGACAGGAAAUAAAAGACUAAAAAACAAGUGGAUUUGUUAGUAGCAUUUCCUUAAUUACAAGUAAGCAGCACCCCACAGGCUUGAAUGGGGACUUCAUCGAGAGAUUGGUCCUGGGAGAGACAGCUGCGGAGGCUGCAGUAAGGUACAUGCCCAUGUCAGUUAACCAACAAAACCGUGGGGUGUGAUAAUAAGGCCGCCAAGUGCUAUGGCGAGGAAUGACUUUCACAAAGCAAAAAUGGAGACCUAAAGAUCAUCCUUGUACCUGGGUUCACUUGUUUUCCCCUAUCAUGCUGUAGAAACCUUUCCCAAUGUAUACAACGUAUUCGGGCUCAUUAUGAACAUUGGCUGUACUUUAAAAACAAACAUUUUGUAGCAUUCUUCUUUUGAAAGCCCACACUUCCAUGUGCUAUUGGUAGACAGUCUUCUCCCAUCCCAGUCUUCUUUGUUUAAAAAAAAAAAAAAGAUCGGAGCGAGAACAUUCUCAGUGUGUGGGAAAUGGCACUGGCUAUGCCUUAGCUCUUACAGUAGCAAACCAAAUGCUGGGGUUUGCCUUGCACGCCAAGCUGGGGGAAGUGCCCCAUGCUCCACCCAAUGGUCAGUUGUUCAAUGAAUAGGGCUCUCCUUGAUUACCUCCCUCUCCCGUUCUCAGGGAGACUAAACUUUAGAAGGAGGGAGCGAUGGCAAUGAGGGAUUACUGUUAUUACCCUGAGCCGAGCGUACCUGGCGAUUUCUCCUAGAGGCAUGAUGCUGAUUGAUGCUGACCAUAAGAUUGAUCUGCCUGGCAAUUUCCCCUCUUCCUUUGCAUUUUCAUUAUGUGAUAGAGCUAACAGCUAAUGCAUUCCACUCGCUAGUUCCAAAGGCCCAGUGAAAGAGAUAGUAUUGGCAAAGUCCCAUAGAAUAGAGAAAGUAUAUUGUUCUCACAGUAAGGGUCAUCCCUGUACAUAACUGCAGUAUAAGCUAAUUUUUUAAAAAAUUAUAUUUUGUGAAUCCCACUCCAAAAAUCUUUUCACUGGUUCAUUUUAGCCAACAGUGUAGCACUAAGACCCCCGAGGGCCACUUAGGAAUGCUUUCUCCUUUUUAUUUAUUUAUUUUCCGACUUGCUUGCUUGUUCUCUUCAGUUUCAAAUAAGAUGUUGAUGUAUAGCGAUGCAUGAUGAAAGCAUGAGCUGUUGGCUCCUAAUUGUGCAUACCUCAAGGCUUGUUUAUUUCUCGGUGUUCAGAAGCCAAGCAUUGGAAAUACUGUGUCACUAACGGCAACACCCCAAAGUCUUACAGAGAAAAAGUAAGGUUAGCAUUCCUGAGAGUACCACAGCAUACUAGUUUCACACAAGUCACUCCUGGGCAAGGGGUACUGGCACUGCCUUCUCCCCUCCCCCAUCCCACCCUGCAGAGGACGGGUCUGUGUGCACUUUCCUUGGGAGUUUGGGUUCCUGUUUCUCCAAUGCUAUCCCAGAGGCCACUGCAGCCAAAGAAAACUGGGAGGAAUUUCUAGCACUCCUCUCCUGUUGAUGGGCAGCUUUUCUUCAGCUAGUGGGUCUACUUCGGAGCCUGUUUCCAGUAGGCAGUAGGAAGCGUCCCCAGUGGUCAUUUGCAGGCAAUGACACUCCUUUGCUCACUUAGGAUUUCCUUUGGCUUGUUGUUGCUAAAGAGACCUGAAUCGUUCAUGGGCCAGCCAAGGCAGGGAUACACAUUUGAAAACAAAACACGUCAACUUGGUCGAGUGGUUCCCUUCUGAUUGUUGAAGCCUUGUAUGUAUUUGUGGGGAACAACACAUGCACUCCCAUCUGUGUCUACCAAUACCCCACUUUCUGAGAUGCAUUUCUAAGAGCAUUUGGGAGGCCAGCUUUAAAUGGUCAAGUGGUAAACAACUGUACUGCAAAAUUAACAGGAAAUCAGCCAGAUUCCAUGCUUUCAAACGAGCACAUUUUGUUCUGUGGUUAGAAUUACCUUAAGGACUUUGGGGAUGCCUAACUUAGACAUCUGCUCUUACUACAGAAACAAAUCUCUUACUGAAGCCAGUCUAUGUGAUGUUUCAGGCAUGAAGUUCAAUGCUGCUGCUUUUCUUCUGCAAUUUCCCAGAGGAAUCUAAAGAGGGAAUUUUAAAGUGCUGAGACAAUACUCUAGAGUGACUCUAACAGUCUCCUUUACUGCCUGGAUAUCAGAGCAUCUCAAAUCCGACAUGUAAACAAAUGGAGCUCACAGAUGCUGGGUGCGGAAGAGAGGAGCCACUGUAAACCAUUUAAUGUGGCCAUGGUCUUCCCCUUCUCUCAAGAUUGUAGGCCACCAGUGAUUUCCUCUUACCCUAAGAGUAAUGCAAUAAAGUGGUCACUCCUAAAACUGUCAACUUUCACAUUUUAAAAAAGGAUUUUACUUAGGUUUUCCUUCCAACAUUUAGUGUUAUUCCCCAUGAAAAGAUCUCCUGGUUUAAAUGUGUUUCUUUUAAAUCCAACCUACAAGAUUUAUAAUUUUUACUAAGGUUAAGAUGGCAUAAAAGUUAAUAUGCUAUUUUUUAAAAUAUGCUAUUUUUAGCCAAGCAGAUGUCCACAGCUGGAGGAAAUUAAUGAAUGGAACUAAUUUUCAUGAAUUCAGAAAUAAGAUUGUAAGUUUAGUGACUUUUUAAAGAUAUCACUAUGUGAUUCCUGGGAAUACGGCUGUAGUCAGUGGAGUGUAGCCAGCAUCCAUUCAGAGGCCGCUGUUAGCUUACAGCAGGACAGAGCAGAAGUCUAGAGGGACCUUUGGAUGUAGGGCAGGCACAUGAGUGACCUAGCAGUUUCCAUUUCAGCUGCCUCAAGGCAUGACAUCAAGGUUAGGGCUGACUGUUCUUUACCGGAUCUGCUCCAGGAAAAUUAUCACCCUCCCUCACAAUGUCGAACCACUGUCUUUACACAAUGCAUUUCAGUUUUCACCAGAAAGCUGGUCAUCAAAGAGCGCUGGACCAGACCUGAGUCUCAGCCCAGCUCUGCACUGUCCAGCAGAAGAGACUUGGGUCAGUGUUUACACCUCUGAGUCUCAGUUUCCUCAUCUACAAAAUGGGAUUAAUCAUAAUUCCUGUGCUGUCUACCUCACUGGACUGUCCUGAGGACCAAAUGUUAACUUUAAAGUACAACUGUGAGCUAACUGUUACCAUUCUGGGCUCUCUUUUGCAGAGGAUUGAAAUGUACUUAUUAUUUGUAUGUAUGUGUGUGUUUGGGUGUACAAACACACGUGUUAGUCAGAGAAACACAAUGUGUCUGGUUACUUUGCACAUCUGCUGUCAUUUGUAACUCUAAUGAGGGAUUCAUGCUGUGGCCUAGCACUUGCCAAGUGAGGCAGAGGUUAUGCCGAUAUGCAAAUUAAACUUCGCCUUUCUUCGGUA